AGAUAUCUGAUUAAAUACGGACAAAUAUAAGAAGGUAAGGAAAGAUAAUAUGAAAAUCUUGAAAUAUACGAAUAGAAUUGCUAAAACUGUGCAAGGGAAUCUUUUGGUAGCAAUCAAUUCACGUUUCCAAAUAACAAUGCGUCGUGGGAUGUGAAAUAAGAAAUGAAAAGCCGUGUCUAUUUAAGAUCGUAACGAGAGAAAAAAAAGUCUAACAGACGAAAGAAAAGAGAGAGAGAGAGAGAGAUGGAGAAAAUUGUUGAGGUAGCUUAUGCCGCAUCCGUGAAGACAGCUUUGACGUUGCUGGAGAAGAAUCUGUUGCCGGAUGUUGUCAUAAGGCGGCUGACGCGACUGCUUCUCGCCGGUAGACUCCGGUCCGGUUACAAACCCACGGCGGAGCUGCAACUCUCCGAUCUCGUCCGUUUUGUCAACUCUAUAAAGGAGAUGCCUAUAGCUAUCAAUACCGAGAAGCCAAAGACUCAACACUAUGAGUUACCAACGGCUUUCUUCGAACUUGUUCUUGGAAGAAACAUGAAAUACAGCUCUUGUUAUUUCUCAAACGAUUCAAGUAGCUUGGAAGAUGCAGAAGAAGCAAUGUUGGCUCUAUACUGUGAAAGGGCUAAAGUGGAAGAUGGACACAGUGUUCUUGAUGUCGGAUGUGGUUGGGGGUCUUUGUCUUUGUACAUUGCCCGCAAGUUUAGCAAUUGCAAGUUAACCGGUCUCUGCAACUCCAAAACACAGAAAGCUUUCAUUGAUGAGCAAUGCCGGAAACUCGGGAUUAAAAAUAUCGAAAUAAUGGUUGGGGAUAUUAGCACUUUUGAGCAUGAAGGGACAUACGAUCGAGUAUUCUCCAUCGAAAUGUUUGAGCAUAUGAAAAACUAUGGAGAGCUUCUGAAGAAAAUAGGAAGUUGGAUGAAAGAAGAUAGUCUUCUGUUUGUUCACUAUUUCUGCCAUAAGACAUUUGCUUACCACUUUGAGGAUGUGAAUGACGAUGACUGGAUCACAAGAUACUUCUUCAGCGGAGGAACAAUGCCAUCUGCGGAUCUCCUCCUCUAUUUCCAAGAAAAUGUUUCGAUUGUGGAUCAUUGGCUCCUAAACGGGAAGCAUUAUUCAAAUACCAGUGAAGAGUGGCUCAAACGAAUGGAUAAGGAGAUAGUUGCAGUAAAAGAGAUAAUGGAAAUGACUUAUGGGAAAGAGGAAGCAGUGAAGUGGAUGGUCUACUGGAGAACCUUCUUCAUUGCUGUUGCUGAGCUUUUUGGAUACAACAAUGGAGAAGAGUGGAUGGUUGCACACUUCCUUUUCAAGAAGAAAUGAUCGAAGUGAAUAUUAUUUUUUCUUCUCUGAAUGAUUCAAUCACUAUGUGGUUUAUUUUUCAACUUGUUUGUGGUUUAUUUUUGGAUGGUUGUAUUCUCCUUCUACAUUGAUUGCCUUCCUAAGUAAAAAUAAUUCCUAUGGUUUCCUAUCAAAAAAGUUACUCAAUGGAUAUAUCAAUCUGUUACAAA